AUGGUACGCUUCCAAUAUUCGGCUGGUCUGUUCGGUCCGAUCAUCAUAAAUGGUCCCGCCACGGCCAACUACGACGAAGAUCUCGGCGCGCUCAUGCUUAUGGACUGGGCGCAUAUCUCAACCUUCAACGAAUGGUGGUGGGAUCGUCCAAAGACAGGCCCACCUGCGCAAGCCAACUCGCUUAUCAAUGGUAGCAACGUAUUUGACUGCCACCAGGAUAACACCACACAGUGCCAGGGCAAAGGCGAGGUCGGUCAGCGUUUCGAGAUGAACUUUGAAUCUGGAAAAAGGUACCGUCUCCGACUCGUCAACACGGGUCUGUAUUCCCACUUCAGGUUUGCCAUCGACGGACACAACCUGACCGUCAUCGCAAAUGACCUUGUCCCUAUCCAACCAUACACGACAGACAGCUUGAUUAUCUCAAUGGGACAGCGGUACGAUGUCAUCGUCGAAGCGAAUGCACCUCCCAGCGAGUACUGGAUCCGUCCAAUCUGGCAGCGUUCAUGUUGUGACAAUGAUGCCUGGAACAACACUCUUGGGAUUGUACGCUAUGACACCAAUUCCACCGCUUUGCCAACUACAACAAAUCCGGCAACUGAGUACAAGUCACAGUGCGAAGACGAGCCAUUUGAGAAACUUGUCCCAUACGUUGCUCUAGAUGUACCGGCCCCGGACUCAGUCUCAUUGUUGAAUCUGAACUACAGCUUUGUCCCUAUGCCGGCCGGAUUCCUCUUCACAUUGAACAAUUCCUACAUAUGGGUCAACUUCUCCGCACCAACCGAUUUGAUGAUCUCAGAGCAGAACACAAGCUGGCCUAACACAGGCUACACUCCCCAGAAAGGAUUUACUAAUUACGAUGCCAUACCUCUUGCAAUCGCUGACGAAUGGGUCUACUUUGGGAUCCAAGACAUCUCCCAUCGAAAUAGAUCUCAUCCCAUGCAUCUACACGGACACGACUACUUCGUACUUGCGCAAGGCUUUGGGCCCCUGAAUAACACCGUAAAUCUGACUUUAUCGAAUCCACCUCGUAGAGAUGUGGCAACCGUUCCGCUGAACGGUUACAUGGUCAUGGCUUUCAAGACAGAUAACCCUGGUGCCUGGCUGAUGCAUUGUCACAUUGCUGCUCAUUCAAGUGAAGGACUAGGCUUGCAGUUUGUCGAGCGACAAGAUGAGAUCAUGGCAACUUUUACAGAUCCUUUCGCGCUAAGAAACACUUGUGAUACUUGGAGGACUUACUGGAACAAUGAUGAGGUUUAUAUGCAAGAAGAUGCUGGCAUAUAG